UGUCCACUCACCAGACUACACGAAUCCGUCUCGCCUCCGUAGCUUUCACAACACGCUGCUCAGCCACGAGCGCGACCUUGGGCCCCUCGUCAAGAGGUUAUACAUACGAUCCUUGUUCGUUUUGGUCCCCUGGAAAGAACUGAUCCCGAUUUUCCUCGCAAUGCGCAACCUUCUUGUCCUCAAAAUCGAGAUGAUACACCAGCUUAUCAACAGCAAUCACAAUGCCUUUAGCAAGCACAUCCUGCCCGCUGUAGCUCACACUCUCCGAGAGCUCUAAACAGUCGGAAUCAAUGCCUUUCCACGCUUUGUUCGCUUCAUUGACACUCACCCUAACAUCAUCGUAUGGGAUGACGCCGGGCGCGAUUGGGCGCUCAAACAGGCUCAGGACGUGCGCAUGGCAUUGGAGUCGCCCGGACUUACUCGUCUCCGCCGGUUCACCGUCACUCUCGUUUAUCGCAAUCUCGGCUUUCUCUUCGAGGUGUUAAAAUCCAUGACCGGUCUCAUUCAUUUGAGCAUAUUGCUCCCUCAUGUCGCACUCGACCACGCCAAUUCCUCCAACUUGCAUUCGCAGGUUGUGGCGCCAAUCUCGUCGAACUGUCACUUCUUUCCGAGUAUCGGGAGCCCCCAGACAGAUUGGGCUGGAUCAUCCUUAAUAUCUUACCCCAGACACCCUCCCUACGCCGUCUUCGAAUCGAAUGGUGAGGGAGGGCUACCAUUGUGCCAUGCCCGUUGGAGGUCCCCGCUGGUCAUCAAGAUUCCACGGUUCUUCCUGCUUUGGAGACUAUCAUUUGGAGCGUACUGCCGGCCAGUGAUAUCAUGAUGGUCUGUGUUGAACCGAACAGGACCUUCUCGGACGCGGGUUUGAAGAAC